ACAACGGGGCUCAUGGCGUGCGUGUCGCGCUGCCAUCAUAUUACAAUUGGGCGUUGGCGAAGAGCUGAUACCGUCUGCAUCUCCAAAUAGACAUUGGAGAGAGUGGGACUCUGCGUCUGGGCGACCAAUUGCUGCCAUUCGCCCAUUCGUAGACGCGAUGGCUCCAGGUCGCUUCGCCGAAGUCCUCAACGAAUAUGUGCCCGUGGUCACGCCGUACAUCGCCACGGAGCUCCUCAAGCUAGGCCACGCCCGCGUCUAUGAUGCGCUCUUUGACCAGCGGGAGAUGCGCUCGAUCGGCACGUCGAAGAAGGUGGCACUCUUCGAAGCACGCGAUGAAGCUGACGGCAGCACCGCGAUGAUGGGCUGCGUCGAAGUCUCGGGUCACGUGCUGGACGCGCACCGCUUCCUUGGCAACCAACUCCAGAACGCAGGCCCAAUUGCGAACGAGCUCCAAGCCAUGAGCAGCCUCUUUGGCUCGCUCGUCCUCGAUGGGUACGUGCUGCACACAGUGCAUCACCCGGGCGAGAAAGGUCCGUACGAGCAGAUGAGCAUCAACUGGACCGCGCUGCAGCCGGCGCACUCGUCGCUCGUCGACCGCGACUACGUCUUCCUCCAGUACGCGGACGUGUACGCGAGGAACGGCCCUGAGCUGCACCGCGUGUCGACGGACGAGCUCUCGCUGCGGCAGGUGCACGACUCGCGCCUCGUCGCGUGCCAUAUCUGGGAGAGCGUCGAGCUGGACGGAACCGACCCGCUGCCGCACCUCGCUCUCUCGCGUGACCGACUCCGGCGCUGGUACUUCCUCGCGGACGCCGUCUCCCACGGCCGCGUGCGCGUCUCGUUCGUCAUGACGUAUCCCAGUGCCCAGUACCACCGCAACUACACGGAGAAGUUUAUGCUGCGCCUGAGCCGCCUCGAGGUGCUUCUCUCCAAGGAGUGCGACACCAGCCCGAUCUGCAACCUCUGCCUCAAGACCUUCUCGCUCUUCCGGCGCAAGAUCCAGUGCAAGACGUGCAAACUCAACUUUUGCGCCAAGUGCAUCCUCGUCUCGAAGGAGUCGACGGCGACGAUCUGCAACGCGUGCAACGAAGGCAACCCGAUGGGUCUCCUCCGGCGCAUCGCCGCGACCAACUCGUCCGACUCGGACUCGGUGCACUCGUCCAACACGUCUCUCGCGCUGCCAGCGACACCGCCGGCUCUCUCGAGUCUCUCGCGGUCGCACUCGACGCCAAACGUCAAGCGCCGCAGCAGCGCCGACCGGACGACGUCGAGCACGCUCUCGUCGUCACAGGACGAUUCGCUUCUGCUCGAUGAGCACGAGUCGAGUAGCCACAUGAUCCGCGUCGACUUCUCCCAGUGGUAACGCGAUCUUAUUUACAAACGAUUAAAGUGUUGUUGUAACA